AUGACGGGCUUCCAACUUCGUACGCUCAAACAGUUGGAUGAUACCGAAGGAACUGUUCGGUUGCACGAUGCAAGGGGCCGGAGUCAUGAAUUUGGAGACCACGACUUGGUGCUCUUCCCUCCCGUCUCUCAAGAUCCCAACGACCCGCUACGAUGGCCAGCAUGGAGAAAAUGGGUCGCCUUUGGCAGUAUGUGUGUACUGGCCUUCCUUUCCAAUGCUGCUGUGGCCGGAGUCUAUCCCGCCUUCGUGGAGAUCUCAGUCGAAUUCGCAACGCCAUAUGCUCAAGUGACAGAGCUAUCGUCGUACCUGGUCUUGAUUAUCGGCUGCAGCAACUUUGUUUGGGUUCCUUUGGCUGUCUAUUAUGGCAAGAGACCAAUCUUCCUUGUCAGCUCGGCGCUUCUGGUUGCUUCUACAGCCUGGGCAGCUCGCGCCACUAGCUUUGAGAGCCUGCUUGCCGCAUCGGCGCUGACUGGAGUCGCCGCUGGCUCUACAGAAGCAAUUGGCGCCGCCAUUGUCAACGAUAUCUAUUUCCUGCACCAAAGGGCCACUAAGAUGAGUAUUGGAUGGCGUUGGGUCAAGGGCAUCAUCUCCAUCCUGUCAGGCGUCAACUUUGUAAUGAUCUUGUUCCUUGUCCCCGAAAGUCGGUUUAAACGAGACUUAACUCAAGUUGAGGACGUCAAUGCAGUUCAGCCUCGAGAGAGCAUUAUUGAUGGAGAAGAUCCUGCUGAAAAAGAAAGCACUCUGGCAAAUGAAUUCGAACUGGCACCGAUUCCGACAAAUUCCUCGACAAUACCAUCCAAGAUGUCCCAGAUGCAGCUUCUCGCAUUUUGCUCAGGCGUCCCCAAAGACAUGAAUCUCUUGGAACUGUUCCUCCGCCCUUUCCCACUCAUUGCUUAUCCGGCUGUUCUUUGGGCCACUUUAGCUUAUGCCGUCGCGCUGGCUACAAGUGUCAUGUCAUCCGUCGUCAACCCUGCUGUCUUACAAGCACCCCCGUACAACUUCAGCAGCGGCACCAAUGGAUUGAUCAACAUCCCCAGCUUGAUCGGCAAUCUGGUCGGCGGCUUCCUGGGCGGCUGGUGCACAGAUUGGGUCGCCGACAAAUGGAGUAUCCGCAACCAAGGGAUUUUCAACCCAGAGGUCCGACUCAGUAUGAUCACAAUCCCACUCAUUCUUACGACGAUUGGAAUGGCUCUCUUCGGAGCAGGACUGGAGGAGAAAUGGAGCUGGCCUGGCUUGUUUGUAUCUUUCGGCCUGAUCAGUGUAACUUUAACCGCCACAAGCAGCAUCUGUAUGACCUAUGUCCUGGAUGCGUACUAUCCGGCAGCGGCAGAGGCAUUGUUGUUAGUUAAUGCCCUGAAGAACAUCAUCGCCUUUGGAUUCAUCUACGCCGUGUCUCCCUGGGUUUCGAAAGUCGGCUUCAAAGCGGUGAGUUCUCCGUUUCUCCCUUCACAAGCGACCCACUCUAAUAAGGUCAUGGCUAUCAUGCAGGCUCUAGGUGAGAUGGCGGCAAUCUUCUUUGGCAUCACUGCUCUGGGAUACGUUUUGAUGGCCUUUGGAAAACCAAUCCGACAUUAUACCUCGACCAAAUGGCGGAUCAUUUUGUGGUAA